CCUGGCCUUCCUCCGGGCAGGAGCCUCGUGAUUAAGAGAGGGGGCUGGUGAUUAAGUUAAUCACCAGCCAUCAGUGAUUUCAUCAUUCCUGCCUACAUAAUGAAGCCCUAAACUAGUUGGGGUUUGGAGAGCUUCCAAGCUUGUGAACACACUUCGGUGCUCAAAGGGUGGCCAGCCCAGAGAGGGCAUAGAAGCUCAGCACCCCUUCCUUGCCCUCUGGUUGUUCCUGAGUUGUAUCCUUUAUAAUAAAUGGGUAACAGUAAGUCUGCCCUGCUUCCUCACCAGACCUCACUUCCAGCCUGUGCGCUGCUGGGCUGGCCACAAGUUCAUGUCUGGAAGCUGCUUUGAGAGUCUCCUGAGGCCCCGGCCACUCCCUGCUGCCGUCCCUUUGAGCCUGGUUCUUCUGUCUGCAGGCCUCCUGGGCCCGCUGCCCACACAUGCCACCCUGUUCCUGCCCCCUGCUGGGGGUCUGCGCCCUAGUCUCCUUGGCCAUCCUGGGGCACAUCCUGCUUCAUGACUUCGACGUGGUACCCCGAGAGCUGCGCAGCUUCUCCCAAGAGGAGAUUUACCCAGCUCGCCAGCCCGGAGCCAGCGGCCAAGGGCCCCAGCCCGUCCCAGGGCGCCACGGCAGCCCCAGGGCAGCACCCACACAGUGCGACCUGCCCCCCGACAGCCGCUUCGACUGCGCCCCAGACAAGGCCAUCACCCAGGAGCAGUGUGAGGCCCGGGGCUGCUGCUACAUGCCUGCAAGGUGGCCUUCGGGCACCCAGAUGGGGCAGCCCUGGUGCUUCUUCCCUCCCAGCUAUCCCAGUUACAGGCUGGAGAACCUGACUACCACCAAGACGGGCUACACGGCCACCCUGAUCCGUGCCACCCCGACCUUCUUCCCCAAGGACAUCAUGACCUUGCGGCUGGACGUGCUGCUGGAGACUGAGAGCCGGCUCCACUUCACGAUCAAAGAUCCCACCAACCAGCGCUAUGAGGUGCCCUUGGAGACCCCACGUGUCCGCAGCCAGGCGCCGUCCACGCUCUACAGCGUGGAGUUCUCAGAGGAGCCCUUUGGGGUGAUCAUGCGGCGGAAGCUGGAUGGACGGGUGCUGCUGAACACCACAGUGGCCCCCCUGUUCUUCGCCGACCAGUUUCUGCAGCUGUCCACCUCCCUGCCGUCCCAGCACAUCACGGGCCUUGCCGAACACCUCGGGCCCCUGAUGCUCAGCACCAACUGGACCAAGAUCACUCUCUGGAACCGGGACGUUGCGCCUGCGCCCGACGUGAACCUAUAUGGAUCUCACCCUUUCUACCUGGUCCUGGAGGAUGGCGGUUUAGCUCACGGGGUCUUCCUGCUGAACAGCAAUGCCAUGGAUGUGGUCCUGCAGCCCAGCCCAGCCCUCAGCUGGAGGUCGACAGGCGGGAUCCUGGAUGUGUACAUCUUCCUGGGCCCGGAGCCCAAGAGCGUGGUGCGGCAGUACCUGGACAUCGUGGGCUACCCGUUCAUGCCACCGUACUGGGGCCUGGGCUUCCACCUGUGCCGCUGGGGCUACUCCUCCACCGCCAUCACCCGCCAGGUUGUGGAGAACAUGACCAGGGCACACUUCCCUCUGGACGUCCAGUGGAAUGACCUGGACUACAUGGACGCCAGGCGGGACUUCACUUUCAACAAGGACGGCUUUGGGGACUUCCCGGCCAUGGUGCAGGAUCUCCACCAAAGUGGCCGGCGGUACAUCAUGAUUGUUGAUCCUGCCAUCAGCAGCUCCAGCCCUGCCGGGACCUACCGACCCUACGACGAGGGUCUGAGGCGGGGCGUCUUCAUCACCAAUGAGACUGGGCAGCCGCUGAUUGGGCAGGUGUGGCCCGGACUCACCGCCUUCCCUGACUUCACCAACCCCGAGGCCCUUGACUGGUGGCAGGACAUGGUGGCCGAGUUCCACGCCCAGGUGCCCUUUGACGGCAUGUGGAUCGACAUGAACGAGCCAUCCAAUUUUGUGAGGGGCUCAGUGGAUGGCUGCCCCAACAGCAACCUGGAGAACCCGCCCUACGUGCCAGGGGGCUCUCAAGAUGUGGGGGGCGCCAGCCUGCCGGGAGGAGGCUCCAAGGAAACAGCCCGCUCUCCUCCAGGGGUGGUUGGCGGGACCCUCCGGGCAGCCACCAUCUGCGCCUCCGGCCACCAGUUCCUGUCCACGCACUACGACCUGCACAACCUGUACGGCCUGACCGAAGCCUUCGCCUCCCACAGGGCUCUGGUAAAGGCUCGGGGAACGCGCCCCUUUGUGAUCUCUCGCUCAACCUUUGCCGGCCACGGCCAAUACGCCGGCCACUGGACCGGGGACGUGUGGAGCAGCUGGGAGCAGCUUUCCUACUCCGUGCCAGAAAUCCUGCUCUUCAAUCUGCUGGGGGUGCCCCUGGUGGGGGCCGACAUCUGUGGCUUCCUGGGCAACACUUCGGAGGAGCUGUGUGUGCGCUGGACCCAGCUGGGGGCCUUCUACCCCUUCAUGCGGAACCACAAUGGCCUGAACAGCCUGCCGCAGGAGCCGUACAGGUUCAGCGAGACGGCACAGCAAGCCAUGAGGAAGGCCUUUGCCCUGCGCUACAUGCUGCUGCCGUAUCUCUACACGCUGUUCCAUGGGGCCCAUGUCAGAGGCGAGACCGUGGCCCGGCCCCUCUUCUUGGAGUUCCCCGAGGACCCCCGCACCUGGACCGUGGACCGCCAGCUCCUGUGGGGGGAGGCUUUGCUCAUCACCCCGGUGCUCAAGGCCGGGAAGGUUGAGGUCACUGGCUACUUCCCCCGCAGCACGUGGUACGACCUGCAGACGGUGCCAGUGGCGGCCUUUGGCAGCCUCCCACCUCCUGCACCCCUCACGUCUGCCAUCCACAGCGAAGGGCAGUGGGUGACACUGUCCGCCCCACUGGACACCAUCAACGUCCACCUCCGGGCCGGGCACAUCAUCCCCAUGCAGGGCCCUGGCCUCACGACCACAGAGUCCCGCAAGAAGCCCAUGGCCCUGGCCGUGGCCCUGACUGCGAGCGGGGAGGCCCGAGGGGAGCUGUUCUGGGACGAUGGGGAGAGCCUGGGAGUGCUGGACCGUGGGGCCUACACGCAGGUCAUCUUCCUGGCCAGGAACAGCACCAUCGUGAACCAGCUGGUGCACGUGAGCAGUGAGGGGGCUGGCCUGCUGCUGAGGAAGGUGACCGUCCUGGGGGUGGCCACAGCCCCCCAGCAGGUCCUCUGCAAUGGCGUUCCUGUAUCCAACUUCACCUACAGCCCUGACACGGAGACCCUGGACAUCCCUAUCUUGCUGACGAUGGGAGAGCAGUUCCUCAUCAGUUGGUCUUAAUCCAGGGCCCAGUGGUGUGCUGCUCCUUUACAGACCUCCCGGCAGCCCAGCACCUGCACCCUCGGUCGGCGGUGUGUGGGCCUUGGGUCAGAGCGCUUACCCCGAAUCGCGUGUCAGUCACUGACAUCCCUGAACACCCGGAUCUGCUUGUGAGUCUGCCUCCCAGGCGCUGGGCCAGCAGCUCUUCUGAGUCUUCUGUCCAGAUCCCAGUCGGGUCAGUGCCCUGAGGGGUGCCCUGUGUUUGGAAUGUUUACUGGAAGGUUUGCUUCGCUGUAGCCUGUCACUGUGAUGCGUGCACUGUCAAGUCACCACUGCCUGCCUGUGACGCAGAGGUGGUGCUUGGGAUGGGGUGGUACCUGCACCCCAAGGUCCCGCCUCGGGCAGCUCUGCUGCUGCUCUGACCUGAUGAAAGCACAGAGCUGGGGGCCGCUGCAGACUGCUUUCUGGGCAGCUGCCCCCGACAACAGGUGGAGGCUGUCCACCAGUCUGACAAGUGGGCCCAGACACUCGGCAGAAUUCACAGGACUUGGGGAACCCUUAAUCUCAAGUGCAAUUAUUUUUAAUAAAAAAGGGGCAUUUGCAAUCAA